AAGGAAGGAAAGCACUAUCUCUGUCUCUCUCUCUCUCUUUACCGAGCGAAACGUGUAUCUUUGAGCACUGAAACCUAAACUCACCCAACCAACUCUCUUCCCAAAUCCGAAUCUCUGUGUUCUUUGUAUCUUCUCCACUUUCGCCAUGCCUACUUUCAAUCUCUAGUUGGGGUAAGUCUCUUCCUUUCUCUGUUUGGAUUUGUAUAAAUAAUGAUCCAAUGGAUUCGUUUUUGGCGUUAUUGUUUAAUGGUAGUUUCUCAAGUUUUUCUGUCGAACGAACUCUAUGUUCUCUAGUUAUCUACUAUAAUGGCUCCGAUUCCAACUUCACAUCUUUAUUACAUAUUUGUUUUGUCAGGGGGUUUAAUUAAGGAUAUAAUGUCCUUCACUACUGCAUAAAGUCCUUGAGAUUUUGUCUUUUAAGAAUUAUAAGGUUAACUUUUCUGUGAUUUCUGCAAGAGACAGAACUCUUCUAGUUAAAAUGAUUGAAGUUGAUGAUGUUGUUUUCUGUUAGGAUGAGCUAUGUAACUGAUUCUGGGAGUUUAGGAGUUCAUUUGUGUGUGUGUUUUGUUUGGAAUGAACUGAUAGAUAAUGUUCAUGGACCUGAUCCUACUCAAUAUGACAUCAUUUCUCUGUCUUUUACUUUCAUGUUCCAUGUUUGCUAUCUGGCUAUUUGACCACAUACUGAUUUGAUUUCUGAGUGAAGUAUAAUUAAGAAUUCAAUUACAAAACUCUCUGUUGCUUCAUUGUUAGUGUAUGUCUCUAAUAUUAGCAAUGCUUUUAUGUGGCAGCAUUAAUUGGUUCUUCUUACUAUAUAACUAAAUGAUUGGCUAUGUGCAGGAUUGAAAAAGAAGAUGGAUCAAUCUUUUAUUUUGAUUUUCCAUUAGCCUUGUUCAAUUUUUUUGUUGAUUCUAUAUAUAUAAGUUUAAAAUAUCUCAAAUGGAUGAUGGUGGACAUCGUGACAAUGGUCGGCAUAAAGCACCUCAGGGCCAGUGGAUGAUGCAGCAUCAACCAUCGAUGAAACAAGUCAUGUCAAUAAUAGCAGAGCGUGAUGCAGCGAUCCAGGAGAGAAACCUAGCUAUAUCAGAGAGAAAAUCAGCGGUAGCUGAAAGGGACAUGGCGUUCCUCCAGCGAGACACUGCCAUCGCCGAGCGCAACAACGCCAUAAUGGAGAGAGACAGCGCUCUUUCAGCUCUACAGUACCGUGAGAACUCCAUGUCUACUACUACUCCUGCAGUUUCCAAUAUGGCGGCGGCAUGUCCACCGGGAUGUCAAAUGCCACGUGGUGUGAAGCACAUUCAUCAUCCACAAAUUCAUCAUCAGCAGCAGCAUCACAUGCUUCAGGUGAGUGAUCAUGCAUACGAUGAGACCAGAGAAAUGGAGCCACACGAUGUAUCACCACCUCCAGGAACCGCCUUGGAAUCUGCCAAACCGAAACGCGGCAAGAGAGUGAAAGAUCCAAAGGCGACAACGAAGACCACUGCUAACAAGAGAGGGCCAAAGAAUCCGAGGAAGGUUAAGAAAGAGAACGAGGACGAGUUGACCAAGAUAAUGUUUGUGAAGACGUCCCUUGACUACGGGGAAGAAGAGACAAGCAAGCUUGUCUUAACAGGAUCCAAAUCCGAUUGGAAAAGCCAAGAAAUGGUGGGGCUUAACCAGGUUGUUUACGACGAGACGACAAUGCCACCACCUGUGUGUUCAUGCACAGGAGAUCUCAGGCAAUGCUACAAAUGGGGAAACGGAGGUUGGCAAUCAUCGUGUUGCACAACCACGAUAUCAAUGUAUCCAUUACCAGCACUGCCAAACAAAAGACAUGCUCGAGUUGGUGGAAGGAAGAUGAGCGGAAGCGCGUUCAACAAGCUUCUAAGCCGGCUUGCUGCAGAAGGGCACCAUGAUCUCUCGAACCCGGUUGAUCUCAAGGACCAUUGGGCAAAGCACGGUACAAACCGCUACAUCACGAUCAAAUAAAUAAUGUUUAGGUGUGAGUUGUUCUUAUGUCACGCUACCUGAUUCAAAUAAACUCACCAGGGAAAAAAUUUGUAUGCUAUGUUGUAACUAUGUAAUAGAAAUAAACCUUAGUAACACAUUGAGAUGCCCAAAUGUCUUAUAUUUUGUUGUUUGCUA